GGUUCCGUGAGUCCAGGGUCCAACAACCAAAUUCCUCCGACCUGUCCCGAAUGUGUGCCGUGGCAAUAACAGAACUUAAUCCACCUGCCAUCACAUUGCCUCUACUCCCCGGAUCUGACAUCUCCAAAAUAUGGUCAUUUGAUCUGAGUUCACCGAACUCAAAUGAUCAAAAGCACGUACUGAAAACGAAAUCACUUGGUCCUGGAAAGAGGAAGAAAUGUGUCAGAUUUGCUGAUUCUGUGGGUCUCCCUCUGGUACAGUCGAAGGAAUUCAAAGCGGAAGAUGAGUUGAACUUGACCCCUACACGCAUCCUUACUCAUGCUGCUAAGCCUAAAACAGUUCCGAUGCUUCAACUGUGUUUUGUUCAGUCAAACAUCGGCGCAUCACCACUCUCUCACCGGAAACUUCUAGAAACCCACCUCCAGCUCUCCACAGUCACACCACGUGACAAUACCCUCUCUGGUACCCUCCUCAUCCACAACAUAUGUUUCGAGAAGACAGUCUUCGUCCGAUACUCUACCGACAGAUGGCGGUCUAGCCACGAUGUCUCCAGCUCUUACCUCAACCCUGUCAACCGUCAGGUGGAUUUGUUCCAGUUCAACCUGGUGUUUAGUGAGUUUAUAGUGGGCCGUGAACUUGAGUUUUGUUUGUGUUUUAGGACGGUUGAUGGAGAGGAGUUCUGGGAUAAUAACUACGGGAGGAAUUAUAAGGUGAUGGUUGUGGAGGGGGUUAGUCAGUGUAGGGAGAUGAGUGUGGGGGAGAGGAGGGUUCCUAGUGUCUCUCCGUAUUGGUAACUAGGUGGUAACUGGGUGGUUACUGGUUACUAGGUGGUAACUAGGUGGAAACUGAGUGGUAAAUGGAAAUAGUGUUACAUUGAAAUUAAGAAAUAUUCGAGUAACCCGAAAGUUCUCCAUGAGAAAUCUUGAAAGUGCCCCUUGUGUUUCAUAAAUUCGAAAUGUUUUUCAUAGCUCCACUAUUAUACUUCAACCACAAAAGUAUAUUUGUAUAAUGGUGGUUGUAUCAAUUUAUAGUAGUACACUUGGGGCAGUGAAGAAAAAAGUAUUUGCUUACAAUAAAAUCUUACGUUUAUUGUGCAUAAUAUUCAUUGUGGUUUGCAUAUUUUUAUUAAUUGUAGGUAGUUAUUUGCAUGCAACUUACGCAAAGAAUGUACAUGGUAUUUUGUAGUAAAACUGAUUUAAUUUUUAUGGUUUUAGUUUUUCAAAAUAAAAAUUGUUUGAUUUUUAAUAUUUAGUUGACAAAUGUAGAAAAAAUAAUUUG